GAAGCUAUCAAUGAGUUUAAAAAGACUAUUGUUUAUUUAAUUCAAUGUCAACUUUCUAAUCAUAGUAGCUUAGUUGGAUCUCGAUGUAUUACUAUUCCUUGUUUAGAAAGUCAGUUUGUAGGUGUAUUUGGAAAGUAUAUAGCACGGUAUGCACUUACUCAACAAACCUAUGAAUGUGUAUUUACAGGUGAAUAUGCAUAUGAAACACUACAGUCAAUUUUUGGAGAUAAUAAUUGGGGUAUUCGUCAUUAUACGGGAAAUCAGCAAACUGCAGUAAUCUUAUUUACACCAACACAAACCGAUCAAGAGAUUGAUGAUAAUAUAAAGGAUUCAGGUUGUAAUACUUUUUCUCAAGAUCAAGAUGUAGCUAAGUUUGAAAUGAAAGUUAAAUGGGAACAACGAGGAAUAAAAGAUAUUAUCAAUCAUAAAAGUACAAGAGGAUUUUUAAUUCUAAGAUUCACAACAGAUAUGGCUUUUUUUAAUCAUUUUAACUUUCAAUUAUUUCUUGUAUAUAGAUUUUUUAUUUUGUUAAUAAAGGAUAGCCUAUAG